AUGUCGUUCUCUAAUCUUGUUUCCGAUCUGGCCUUCAGAGAUGCCCAUGACGACCGCAGCUCUCAGAUAUCCCGUGCCCGGUCACAAGCUACUGCUCGAUCGCACACAAGUACUGCUGCGACAAGUGUUAGCAUAUCAGGUGACAUCUCAAGCCACCUCCACGCUGGUUAUAGCCACCCAUUGAGCCGGUCAUGGCAAGCCGAAAGACAACUUACCAAGGAAAUGUUGAUUUAUCCGCUAUUCAUCACUGAUAACCCGGAUGAAGAGACCCCCAUACCAUCACUCCCUAACCAGCAUCGCAGAGGACUAAACCGGCUUGUCCCUUUCCUGAAACCCCUUGUUCACAAAGGGUUGCGCUCGGUGAUGCUAUUUGGUGUUCCGCUUCAUCCUUCUGCAAAAGAUGCCCUGGGAACCGCUGCAGAUGAUCCCUCUGGCCCAGUCGUGCAGGCCAUUCGUCUUCUUCGAUCGCGCUUUCCCCAGCUUUACAUUGUAACGGAUGUAUGUCUUUGCGAGUACACGUCUCAUGGCCAUUGCGGAAUACUCCGGGAGGAUGGAACUCUUGACAAUGCGCAGUCUGUUGAUCGCAUCUCAGAUGUUGCUCUGGCUUAUGCUGCUGCUGGUGCUCAUUGUGUUGCACCGUCGGAUAUGAAUGACGGAAGAGUGCGUGCUAUCAAACUAAAACUCAUUGAGGCUGGAAUUGCCCACCGAGUCCUCUUAAUGUCUUACGGGGCAAAAUUUAGUGGUUGCUUGUAUGGCCCUUUCCGUGAUGCUGCCGGCUCGUGUCCUUCAUUCGGAGACCGCCGAUGCUAUCAAUUACCCCCAGGAGGCCGGGGUUUGGCCCGCCGUGCGAUGCAGCGCGAUAUGGGCGAGGGCGCAGAUAUCAUCAUGGUGAAACCUGCGGGCAGCCACUUGGAUAUUAUAAGGGACGCCAAGGAGCUAGCAAGCGACCUCCCAAUUGCUGCCUACCAAGUGAGUGGCGAAUAUGCCAUGAUACAUGCGGGUGCUAAAGCCGGCGUCUUUGACUUGAAGUCAAUGGCGUUUGAAAGCACAGAGGGUAUCCUUAGAGCGGGGGCCGGAAUUGUAGUAAGUUAUUUUGUACCAGAGUUUUUGGAUUGGCUUUAG